AGAGAGAUGCCUUGCCUGAACCUCUCCACUAACGUGAGCCUGGAUGGACUAGACACCGCUCCCCUAGUCUCGGAAGCCAUCAAGGCCAUCGCUAAUAUCAUCGGAAGACCUGAGUCUUAUGUGAUGGUGUUGCUGAAGGGAUCGAUACCCAUAACUUUCAACGGGAACGAAGAACCAGCAGCUUUUGCGGAGCUAAUAUCGAUGGGAGGGAUCGAUUCUGACGUGAAAAGGAAACUGAUUGCCGAAAUCGGCACCAUUCUUGAGACAAAACUCUCCAUCCCAAAGUCACGAUUCUUCUUCAAAGUCUUCGACACUACGGCUAUGCGCUUCAACUCCAAAAUCUGACCUUCCCUUUCCCUUCCC